CGUUUAUAUACAGCAAAAGAAAUGUUUGGACGAAGGCCGAGACCCUUCUAUUCCUGAAGUGCUACAAUGAGAGGAAGGGUGAGUUCCUGCAUGCGCGAGUUAAGGAACGUAUUCCUUAUAAUAGUAACAAACAACAAAACAAUCUUUCGUUUCAGUAAAUAGAAUGUAUAAAAACAACCUUGAGUUGGAACAACAACGUUAUCUUAAAACAAAGCAAAUGUAUCUAAGCAAACAAUAUAUCGCACUUGUUAAGUUAAAGUGUAACAACUCAAAAUUUGAACAUUUUCAGUAGAGACGAAAAACUGUUUCCGUAAAUAUUAAUAAUAGAAUAGAUAGAAAAAACAAUGUAAUUGCACGAAAAUAUCAUUAAAAAUAAUAUAACCGUUGUUUCAUUUUUAUUUGUUUAGUAUUUGCACGAAAAUAACGAAUUUUUGAGUUGUUACUCUUUUCCUGAAAUUUUUUUAUAUACAUAGUGGUAUUAUUUUGAGUUGUCUCUGUUUAACUGAAAAUUCUCACUGGAAUUGAUAAAUAUGAUUUAUAAAAUACAGGAAUGCCAAUUUAUUAAUGUUAAAUAAAAAUAAUUAAUAUUUAUUCAUAGUCAGUAAUUCGAAACAAAACUUAUUGCUUAUUAAAAAAAAUUAUCAAUGAAUUAAACUUAAAUUAAGUGUCUAUUAAGUUUUUAUAGUAUGUCUCAUAAAAACUCUUUGGAAUAAUGUUUUUUUUGACCAGGUCUCCUAUAUCUCGUUUUUUAACUUCUGAUAAAGGCAAAUUUUCCAAAUAAAUAGAGCGUAGGCUGAAAUAAUUAAAAAUUGACAAAAAAUUAGUUAUGUAUUCAGAACGAAAAAGGGUUAAUCAUCAAAUGAAAAAUUAUAACAAUUACCAGGGUAUAAAAGAAAAGACAUGCAUAAAGCUAAACAAUAAUAUUUGUCUAUUAUUUGUAAUGAAAUACAACUUACUUGUAGCUAUUCCAAUAUUCAGUAGACUUUAAGUUGUUUUUUUGUACAUUGACUUUUAGAAACUCUGUGUCCUUAUACGACGUUUUAUAUAAAAAAGAGUCAAUAUUGUCCUUAUCCACGCGUAGAACUUUAAUGUUAUGCCAAUUAACUUUGUGGUUGGCCUCAUUUCGAAAAAAAUUUUGACCCCAUUCUUCUUGUAGUAACUUCAAGUCGUAAAAUUCAUUAUGCGAUAAUUCGUGAACUGUGUAUGGUUGACCAGUCUUUUUGGCGGUUGCUAUUAACGUAGUAUAUUGAUCUGGUGUAUAUAUCGGUUUGCUACCUAAAUGUCUUUUUAUUUGUCUUUCUAUUACACUAUGUACAUUAUCUCCUUCAUUUUGAGAGUGGCCCUGAAUUAAAUAUUUAUGUGUAAUGCUUCGUAAAUUGUAUUUCUGAACCGCAUAAUAAUACAUUGAAACUAUAUAUUUAUUUUUUUGUUGUCCACAGCAGUUGUCAGAGUAGAAUAUUAAGUCUAAAUCUUGAACAUUAACUGACUUUUGUACAAGAUUUUUAAUAUAUAAAAGUACGCAUGUUCCUAUUUCAUUUGAACCACGCUUUCCUUCGGUUUCGGCCCAAAAAAAGCAAUCUACAACUUUCGCUUUAAGGUCACUGAUUGUAAAAUUGUAGCAAUUUAUUUUACUUUUAUAAUAGAAGCUUGAGGAAAAUCCUUUUGGUAAUGAAAGAACUGCCUGUAGAUCGUAUACAGCUACAUUGCAUUUUUGUUUGUCCAGAUCUUUUUCUUUUCUGCAUAAUUCCUUUUCUUCUAGAUGUAAAGUGUAAAUUUCGUUCAGAUCAUUUCUUUCAUUUUCGUCUGAAUUUAAAAACGAUUGGCAAAGAUCACAUUGAUCUUUUUUUGGCUUAAAAAAUGAAAUAUUAAAAUCUUGUUUGAAUAUCAUGUAAAACAUAGUUCUACUUCCAGGAGUUAAAUUAUCAGAUUCUCGCAAUUCUUUAUAGUCCAUGUAUAGAUCUCCAAUACUUUUACCGCUUUCAAUGAACUGGCGUGUUGUUUGAGCGCGUAAGUAAUGCGAUUCGACUUUUGGUAUAUUAUUAAUAAAUUCCCUUAUACUGUUCUUAAUUUCAGUGCUUACAGUCGGGUGGUUCUUAUGCUUCCCACGAAGGUCAAUCUCUACAAAUCCUUGUUCGCCUUUUUUUUUUAUGACUGUAUCUAUAACUCUGUUAUUAAUAUCAAGAGUUGCUUUGAAAAAGGUCUUGCAUACUCUAAUUUGCGUUGAGUCUAUUUCCAAGAAAAAGGCGUUAUUUAAUCUGCGAAGAUUUUCAGUGCAGGAGUACCUGUACUUGGGUUUAAUUGGUUUUAUGUGGCUAGCUAUAAACUCCCUUUGCCUCUGUAAGUCACCAGUUGACCAAUAUUUAUUGAAGAUUUCAGUACGUGAGGAUUCUGAUAUUUUCUCCUUGCAAUGGAAGCGACACUUUUCCUCACACGGCGGUUGUAAUUUUCUUUUUUUUAUUAUUUUUUUGGAAGAAGAUUGUGAUGUGUACGAGAGUCCAGUGUUUCUUAAACGUUUUUGCAGGUUCUGCUUUUUGUUUUGGGAUUUGUAUCUAAAACAUCUUUUUUUAACAACUGUUUCCUGUGACUCAAUUUCGGAAGAACUACUCGCAGUAACUUCAGACGGAUAAAAAUUGUUCUCUGAACUGCCGCUAAAUGGAUCUGAAGUACUAUCAUCGCUUAUAUUUGUUGUUUCAUUUGAAGCCAUUAAAGUGGCAUAGUGUUCUAAGUUUAGGCACGUCAUGUCAUUGAAACAGCAACAACAAAUAUUAAGUAUUUCAUAAAAUAACCUGCGAGGAUUAAAUUUAUAUAGUUUUGAUUUCAUGAUAGUAAUUUUGUGCAAUGAAUCAAACAAACAAUCAUGUUUGUUUUCUAACUCAUCUUUUACAUUGUGGCAUUUAUAACUACCCAAUGUAAGCACACACUAAGUAAACAUUAUUUAUUUAAACUUUAUUUUAUCAAUAUGACCACAGUAACGAAUUUAUCAUCAUAAUGGAAACAAUACGAUAUAACACAGUAGAAUAAACUUACCUAAUGAAACUAAACAGUGAUAAACCGAAAUAACACGUGUUAUUAAACAAACCGUUAUAUAUUGUAAAUAGGCACAAUUCAAAAUGUUACACUUUAUGUGAUACACUAACGAACCAAUUUGAUAAAACACUUGGAGACAACUAAAAAUGUCACUCUCUAGUUGAGUCGAAAGGAGUCAUUCUGAAAACAAAGAGAGAGUCAUAACGGUUUUUUUAACGAAAAACUAGGCAAAUCACUGAACGAUUUUUACAGUGGGUAGAGAUGACCACUGCACAUUAUUUUCUUGCAAAAAACUAAAAUCUGGAAAUUUUGAGUUGUUACACUUUAACUUAACAAGUGCGAUAUGUAAACAAACCUAAACAAAUAAUAGGGGUAUUCAGACCAGCCUUGUUAAUUCGUUAGUCGUUAGUUCGGUAGUUUUUACAUGUAUUUUGUUUUUGUAAAAUUAACAGACUAUCGUUUUACCGAGUAACGAACUAUCCAGCUGGCAAGCUUGAUAAUUGUUUCGUUACUCGGUAAUAUCACAUCAGCUGUUUGUUUGUUGUUCGUUACUUUAUUCAUUUUCAACGGAAAAAUAAGUCUGGCGUCCGUUGCUUAUUUUUAAAGGGAAAAUUAAUUUGGUGGUGUUUGAAAAAAUUUUGCAAAAGUAAGUAUAUCUUUAACAAAUAGUUGCUUUUUAUUUCAUUAAAUACUUUUUUUCAGUGGAACCUCAAAAGAAGAUACGUAAGAGGGCAAAGCCUCAAAAAAAAAAAUGGAGUGAGGAGGAAAACGAUUUAAUUCUAGAAUAUUUACUAGAAAAUAUGGAAAUUGAGAAACCAAACGCCCAGUUGUACUAUAAAAAAUUAGUUGAAAUAACAAAUAUUGAUGCGACUACGGACAUGUUGCGCUGCAAGGUCCGGUACUGGAAGCAGAUGUAUAACAAAGCUGAGGAGUGGCGCAAAUCGACUGGUGCUGGAAUAGACGUUGGCGAUGAUGUUUCCUCAAUAAAAGCAAAACUUUCACAAAUUUGUCCGAAUUAUGAACGGUUUUCGGUUCUAUUUGGGAGUAAAUCCGAAGCCAAUUGUGUUGUAGAGACGUACAACCCUGAAGUGUCACAAUACUGCAGCGAUUUUGCAGACCUUGUAGAGGUAGUGGAAAUUCCAGCAUCAUCACAAUCAUCUGCGGAACCAUCGGGUUCACUUAACGACAAUGCAGAACAGACAACAGUAGGAGCAGAGGUAGCAACAGAUCUUCCUACCACUCCGUCGUUCCUCGAAAAAGUGAAAAAACGUGCUCCAAAAAAUAUUCUUAGUGAACUUAAAGAUAUACAAAAGAAAGGAGAACAGUUUUUUGAGCAACGAAUAGAAAUUGAAAAAGAAAAGUUAAAUUUGGAAAAGUUAAAGCUAGAAUUGGACAGAGAAAAGAUAAAUAAAGAUUUUGAAAUAAAAAAAUUGGAGUUAGAGCAAAAAGAAAGACUGGCGAUGAUUGAACAAAAGUGUAAAUAUAAUAUGUAA